AUGAACGUCAUCUCUUCCACCAGCCUCUCGACGCGUCGAAGUGUCAAGAACUCUCCGAUUAUCGAGCACUUUGAGUAUCACUGGGGCAUGGAAAGAGGCGAUUUGAGCCUUGAUAGUCAGAUGAAUCACAUCAAACAGUGUCGGCUGACGUCUUCGGCUCUAGUGCGCUCAGAUAUGGUGCAAAGGCUUCGCGAUUCGGAUUGGGUCUUCAUGCCCACCCAAGAUACUCUUCAAGCAAUGUACGAGCUGGUUCAAUACAACAUGACGGCCCCCAUCGAGGCCCGCAAACGCUUUCUUGACGUGUUCCCCGACAAGGAGUACGAGUACGACGUGGUCCCUUUGUGCAUGAAUUUGAAGAAACGAGCGGCACUAUAUGCUCACGGCGGUGCGCAUAUCAAGGCCUUCCAAGCGCCAUUCGCCAAUCUCCCCCGCAUCAAGUCUCGCGCACAUCCAUUCUUCGUGGUCUUCAUGUCCAGCGAACUUCUCGAUGGCUGCGCGGUUCAUGUGAUGCCCAUGGACCGGGCCGAGCUCCUCAUGAGCUCUGCUGGCCGCAUCGUUAGUUGCUGGAUGAAGGAGCCGCCGGCCACUUUCCUCGUUGGCCCCGAUGUCUGGAAACAGCAUCGUCAUCCGCUGAGCGACGAUGGAAAGGAGGCGCGCACCGCCCUUGGUGACUCUCGCAGAGCCAACGUCUCGCCGAUGCGGUUGCGAAGGUCGACACGUGCGCCCUGUCGUCAGCAGAAGGUUGCCACCUCCGUCAAGCCAUACGCCCGGUAUGACCUCCGUCCGACGCGAACCAGAGGUUCUGCCCUGCCUCGCUCCGGCUUCGAGUCCGGAGAGGAGGACGAUCACUUCGCCUACGACAUAGCUGACCUUCGCGCGUGGGUCGACAAAGUCGAACGCCGAAGGGGCGCCUCCUCCUGGCCGGCGACCUGGAUCGACAAGGAGGCCGCGGACGAUGAUAUGCUCGCUCGCUAUCGUCGCGAAAGCGCACGGGAUGCUGACGACGCGCUGCACCCGCAGACCACCCGUAGCGGUGGCGGGGUGGCUCUUGUCGGCCAUGAUCGCUCUCGAUACUCGAGCAACAAUUGGGCGAUGCGCACACAGGAUACUGUACCAGAACUGUCACACGCAUCAUCAUCAAAUGUUAUUGAGGAGGCCCCCCGACAUCUCACCAAAAUGUCCGAUCUUAAUGCGACGGAUUGGAGGCUCAAAAUGCCCCGACGUUCGAUCCCAGUGCGCCGGAUUUGGGGAAAACUUCGAGCCAAGCAUCCGUCAGAGCACCAACACGGCCUCAUAAGCGGUGGUCUGGGAGGAUUGUCGCCACCGAGACUCAAAUUUGUGCACAAAUCGCAUAAUAUGUCUGCUGUUCCAUCCGAAUGCAUCUCUGAAUGGAAGCAUAUGCAAGACUACUCCAUCGUCGACUAUAAAGUGGUGGAUCUGGACGAGGGCCGAUUUCGCCGUCAGAAAGGCGACCUGGAUCUAAGCUCGCCACUGAACCACAUUCGUCUCCGAGCUGACAUGGCCGAGAGCCUUGAAAAGCUUCGAUGGACGCUUAUUCCGACGCAGAAUACCCUGAGAAAGAUGCAGAAGCUGUCUGAAUACAACAUGUCUGCUGAUAUACACCGGCGGAAGGAUUGUCUCAAGGAGAUCCCGGGUGAGGUGUACGAAUACGACUUCGUUCCCUUGUACUGCCUCAAGAAGGGGCGUCCGACACUGUACGUCAGUCGUGGCAAGACUACUCGUGCCGUCCGCGCGCCCUACACAUCCAUGCCCCGCAUCAAGACGCGCGCACAUCCUCUCUUCGUUACUUUCAUGGCCGAUGACCAGUUUGACAUGUGUAUCUCAACCGUCAUGCCCGCAAAGAAGGCUAAGACCCUCUCGCUCGCUCUUGGCGAUAUCGUGACCUGCUGGAGCAAACCACCACCUUCCGAGUUCCUCGUAGGGCCGGACGUGUGGAAGGAGCACCGCCAUCCCCUCAGUGACGAUGGUCACGAAAGUGACGAAUGCGAACUCGACACGCCACUCCAAGACGCGCGGAAGGGCAACAUGAGCCUACGAUCUGGCGUGCGGAAGACGACGCGUGCGCCAUGCAAGCAGGCGAAGACCACCGCUGCAACCAAACCCUACACUAAACUCGGUCCACGGCCACUGUACAAGCGGUCCUCUGCCCUGCCCCGCCCCGGCGUCAAGUACGACGACGAGCGUCCAGAAGGCGCGGGGUACCCGCUUUCCGAACUGCGCGCCUGGGUCGACGGAGCCGCCUCUCAGUCGCAGAGGAGGGCCACGCGAGCGAGCUGGCGGGCGACGUGGAUUGAAGAGGAGGCCAAGCGGGAUGCGCUGCUCGCGCAAUACCGCACGGAGCGCGCACGCGACGCAGCCAACGCGCUUGACCCGCAUACCAAUCUGCUGUACUCGGGCGGCACCAUCAUGGGGACGAGCACGGACUGGGCGGGGCACUCGAGCAAUAACUGGGCGAGCCGGAUACACGGCGUGUGCUUGAUGGGCGAGAACGUCUUUGCGCGAGCGGCGAAGUAG